UAUCUUAGUUCGUGUAGGUACACAAAACCUUUGAAUUAUUGUUGUGAAUUCUUUAAAGUUCUUCUUUUUUGUAGGUAAAAUGAAAUUACAAGCUUGGUUGCGUCGCCACAUUUGUGUUAAAUGUUAGCCAAAUGGACGGUAUAACUUGCUCAGUCACUAAAUUAUUAUCAGUAAAGAUGCGAUCUUUGAGCGUUCCAGUUAUCUUUUGGACUACCGUGUUCCUCUUUGCUUCUUCUUACAUGGCAAUUCCGCUAACCAACAAUCUGAAACACAUCAGGGACAUAUUGCAACGUGCACGUCCAUCAAGAAAUAUCGACGAGGAAGUGUUCUCCAUCGUUUCUAUCGUCGACGAGUUGGUUAACCUGGGUAAACAUCCAGAGACUUUGUGUCCGUUUCAGGUGGAAAAGAAGACUGUGAAAAAAGAACACACCCUUGGACAAUUUACAGUCAAGAUAAACGAAAUCGUUUGCUCUGGAGCUUGUAGUCAUUGCGGAGUCGGACGUAGUUGUAAGCAGUUGAUGACACCGUUAGUCGUCACUUUCAGCAAUCCCGCAACUGGGAUGCCACAUAACGUCAUUUCUACUGAUGUUGCAAUCGGCUGUAGCUGCACGCCGGAUGAUUCUGGACUUCUAGGGGAAGAUAUUUUACGCAGAUAGAUAGUGUCUCGUCCAUCACGCCAUGCGGUUGUUAUAUCUCUUAAAAGAUUAGAUGCUAUUACUUUUUAUUGUUGCAAGUCGUUUUUGGCCUUUGAAAUUGUUUGGUUAUUAUUGUCACUGAGUUUUUAACAAAUGUUCCUUCUCCUACGUAGCCGCACCUCAGGCUCUAUUGUUAUGUGUUCGGUAAUAUACUUCUAAAACAAAAAAAAAAUCCCGUUUUUCAGGU